CACGACAUAUCAACGAGAACAUUGCUUUUAUAAAAUCAAAAGAUGUAGAAUGUGUUUUCGAUAUUUUGAAAGAAUUAAUUGAUCAUUUGUUCGGUGUUCAGUGAUUGCUUCAUUAAAUUUUGUUUAAAUACAAAAUAUCACGAUUCUGAAUUGUCUUCGAUAAGAUCUUAUCAGUUGUAUGUGAUAUUUAGUUCUGUUUAGUGAAAAUAGUAAAAGCAUAUUUACGUGAAAGUAUUUCAAGUCGUAGAAAAUGAGAUCUUUCAUUGCGUUCAUUUUGUGUUUUCAAAGCAUUGUGAUCAGUAGUUAUCCAGACCAUCGAGUCAUUAGAGAAACGAACGACAACCUCUCUUUCAAGGGGAAAUCAAGCGAUCCGAAGGAGAUAUUCAGAGCAGUUGAAAAUGGUGAUGUGCAACAAGUGAGAGAUCUACUCGCGAAGGGAGUCAAUAUUCGGAACUAUGGGGAUGGAUACAUACCUCUUCAUAGAGCCGCUGCGAAUGGUUACAAGGAUAUCGUUCAACUUCUCAUCGAUAAUGGAGCUGAUUUUCGAUCUAUAGACAAAAAUGGGCAUACACCUCUCCAUAAAGCUGCUGCGCAUGGUCACAAAGACAUCGCUCAACUUUUCAUUGAUAGAGGAGCUGAUUUUCAAUCAAAAAACCACAAUGGAAAGACACCUCUUCACUUGGCUGUUCAUAAUGGUCAUAAGGAGGUAGCUCGACUUCUCAUCGAUAAAACUGCUGACAUUAACAUUAGAAGCAAUGAUGGAAGAACACCGCUUCAUGAAGCUGCUAUCUGGAAUCAAUUCGAAAUUGCUCGACUUUUGAUCGAAAGAGGCGCCGAUGAAAAUGCCAAAGAUUCAAAGGGAAAAACGGCCGCACAGCUAGCUUUGGAAAAAGGCCAUAUGGAUAUUGUACAACUGCUGAAUAAAAACAUACCUUUAGACCAAGUGACACAAGUCGCUGUGCUAUCGAAACCAUCACUUAGACCUGCACAACAAGCCUGUCAGACAUUCGAGAAGUUGACGGAAAAUAAAAUUUUGAGAAGAGGCUCUGCACUGGCAAAGACAGCAGAAUUUCCAUGGAUGGCUGCUUUGGGCUAUAUUCAUCAUAUAAAUAAUACAUACAUUGUGACAUUUGAUUGUGGUGGCACAAUCAUAUCUGAUACUUUCAUUCUGACAGCAGCUCAUUGUGUGACACAAUCUCAAUCACCGGGUGUGGUUCGACUGGGAAAGGUGAAUCUUAUCGAUACCGAUGAAGAGAGUCCAGAAAAUCAUAAUGUCAAGGAUAUCAAACGUCAUCCAGAAUAUUCAGCAAAGACUAAGAAGAAUGAUAUUGCAUUGAUUCUAGUGUCAAGGAUAUUUUUCACCGAUAUCGUUGCACCGGCAUGUCUGCAAAUCGAUGUUCGCGAUGAGAGCGCUGAUGUAAAAAUGAUUGUGAGUGGUUGGGGCGCUACUGUCACCGAUGGGCAAUCUCAAUCAAAUGCUCUUCGUAAGGCACAAUUUGUGUCGAUGCCGUGGGCUGAAUGUAAUGCCAAACUACUCAAAUUUAAUGAAUAUGCCAAUGACGAAGCUCUUCGAGAUGGCCUUAACCAAGGACAGUAUUGUACGUACGAUCCACACAAUAUAACUGACAGCUGCGCUGGAGACAGCGGUGGGCCAGUACAACACUUUAAAAACCAUCGUCUUUCUACGGUUAUUGGAGUUGUUUCAUUUGGUUUCGGUUGCGGUACGGGAAUGCCGAGUAUUAGCACCAGAGUUGCUUACUAUUUGGAUUGGAUUGAAUCUGUUAUUUGGCCAAAUGGAUUUAUGCUACAGUGAUUUUAGUUGAAUAUAUAUACAAAGGUCUCGUUUUAUAUAAAUCAACUCAAAAAACAUCAGAUAAUUGUAAAUUAUAAUUUGAAAAAUAAAUAAAUUUAUGCAUUUUAUCAA